AUGACUAGACAAAUCAACUAUAAGUCACCUAUGUCUGUGAGUAAUUCUGUCGAACUGGUUAAUGCUAUUAAAUCCACCAAUCUGAGUUCAAACAACGAACAUAUCUUGGUAUCGUUCGACAUUGUGAACCUUUACACUAAUGUUCCAGUAAUAGAAUCCCUCAAUCUUCUCAGAGACUACCUUAACAACUGUAGUCUAAUUGACAACUUUGACACCACUCCUGAAGACAUACACACACUGAUGAAUCUGAUAGAACUAAUUACAGAACAAAAUUUUUUCACGUUCGAUGGUGAUGUCUACACUAUGACAGACGGAUUAGCCAUGGGUUCACCAUUGAGCGGUCUUCUGGCCAAUAUCUUUGUGGACCAUUUAGAAUCUCUGAUUCGUAUACACUUUCUCUUCCAGAAGAUUGUUCUUUGGAAGAGGUAUGUGGACGACAUUUUCUGUGUGUGGUGUGGAACAGUCCAAGAGUUGAAAUCCUUCCUAGAGUUCAUCAAUUCACUCUCCAAAAUUAAAUUCACUUUAGAAAUUUCAGAAGAAAAUACCAUCAACUUCUUAGAUCUGAACAUAACCCUAAAACCUGAUAAUACGUUCGAAUUUAACAUCUACAGAAAGCCUACUCAGACCGAUAUAGUAAUUCCUAAGUACUUUUAUCAUUCUCCUCAAAUCAAGAAGACCGCCUUCCACUUUCUUUUGAACCGCCAAGUCAACAUCCCACUAUCUAAAGUGAACUAUCAAAGAGAACUAGAUAAUAUUUGUAAGGUAGCAACAGAAAAUCACUACCUAUACAAAACAAUUUGUCUAUGA